CAGGUUUGUAGGAGUAUAAUAGAGCUUUUGAAGAGUUGACCAUGAUAUCAAGGAAGAUGGUGUUUCCAUCGUUACUGCUAUUGAUAAUAAAUUGGCUUGUCGUUGGCACUGCUGGGGAAUUUUUAACCAUUCAAGAAGACGUCUCAAUUGAAGCACCAACACUUGUCUACCAUGCAUUAUUGCAAAAUGAAGACGCCCUCCCCAUUGACCAAGCAAGCUCUACUCACCUGCGAGCAUCCGUAAAGCCCCGGGAGUCUUCCUGGUUGGUCUCAGACAGUGAAGAUGAUAGAAAUCUGCAAGGAGGGCCGACCUUUAGCGAUGAAUUUUCCAUUUCCUUUCGGCUGGUUUGGAGCAUGGCAUUUUCGGAAGGCACCACUAUCCGAGAGCCCACGCAAGACGAGUACAAUGGCUUGCUAUUUGCCACUUUACGUUGGCUACUUUCUUCGGCCAAUGAAGCCUAUGCUGAUGAGUCGGAUUCAUUCUCUGUGAAGAGCUUUGAUAUGACACAUUAUGGCGCCAGUUUUAAUGAGUCAGACCCCUUUCCGUCUAUUGUCGGUAUGGAAUGUUCUUGCAUUUUGAAUGCCAACGACAGAGCCGAUAUCCCCUCAACUAUUCAGUUCUUGGUCGCAUUCAGUCAGAGCUAUAACCGUACUGUAUUUGUCCAAGAAUACCUAAACCCUGACGAAACCCAGCCGGAUCCAGGUAUAUAUCGGAACGUGACGGAGGAUAUUCGGUACAAUAUUCUACCUUCUGCCUUGCCUGUCAUUUCCAACAACGGAGGGUCCACUCUUGCAACAAUCACUUUGGAUCUGCAGUUUCAUCUCAACAUUGGAUACGGAAUUCCUGAUCGGGAGCCAACACAAACCGAGUAUGAGGGAUUUCUGGCGGCCACCAGCGAGUGGCUCAAUGAUGUCUUUUUGCAGGCAUACCCAGGCACAGAUCCUGCUCAACCGUCAUUCCACUUGCUGUCGUCUUCCAUUGAAUCUAUGGAUUACAUCAAGAACGCGGCCCUCCCUCACAGGAUUCAUAUUCAGUCGGCUAUUUCCUUUCGACUCCCAGCUAGAUACACGGGGGCAGAAGUAACUACUCAGGAUGCAUGGGACUUAUUGAGGUCGCAAGGAAUUUUGAACUAUCGAAACCAAUAUUUGAAUACUGCUGAGCCAAUAAGCAGCCUUUUUAGGGGAGCAUUGACCAUUUCGUGGUCACCUGGGGUACCGGGGGUUUAUGCUUUUGAAGUCGUUCCUUGAGGGAAGUGAAUGGUGGGAAUCGAGUCCAUCGUAUCAGGGAGUUGGAUUGCAAGGAGUGCUCUUUGGGAUAGUUCUGGCCGUUCACUCUGAAUCAACACUAAGCUACAAGCUAUUUUGUGCUACCCUUGUCCAAUAAAUUAAAUAUUUUCUAUUGUGGUUGAC